AUGACUCGUCUGGCCACUGUAAUACUCCUCCUGGUGACGUGUCUGACCACAGUUCUACCCGUCCUCGUGACGUGUCUUGCCACUGUUCUACUUGUCCCGAUGACGUGUCUGGUCAUUGUUCUAAUCGUCCUGGUGACGUCUCUCGCCACUGCAAUAUUCAUCCUGGUGACGUGGCUGGUCACUGUUCUACUCGUCCUGGUGACGUGUCUUGCCACUGUAAUACUCGUCCUGGUGACGUGUCUUGCCACUGUUCUACUCGUCCUGGUGACGUGUCUUGCCACUGUUCUACUCGUCCUGGUGACGUGUCUUGCCACUGUUCUACUCGUCCUGGUGACGUGUCUUGCCACUGUUCUACUCGUCCUGGUGACGUGUCUGGUCAAUGUUCAACUCGUCAUGGUGACGUGUCUUGCCACUGUUCUACUCGUCCUGGUGACGUGUCUGGCCAUUGUUCUACUCGUCCCGGUGACGUGUGUGGCCACUGCAAUUUUCAUCCUGGUGACGUGUCUGGUCACUGUUCCACUCGUCCUGGCGGCGUGUCAUGCCACUGUAAUUCUCGUCCUGGUGACGUGUCUUGCCACUGUUCUACUCGUCCUGGUGACGUGUCUGGCCAUUGUUCUACUCGUCCCGGUGACGUGUGUGGCCACUGCAAUUUUCAUCCUGGUGACGUGUCUGGUCACUGUUCCACUCGUCCUGGCGGCGUGUCAUGCCACUGUAAUUCUCGUCCUGGUGACGUGUCUGGCCAUUGUUCUACUCGUCCUGGUGACUUGUCAGGCCACUGUUCUACUCGUCCUUGUGGGGUUUCUGGCCAGUGUAAUACUCGUCCUGGUGACGCGUCUUGCCAUUGUUUUAGUCGUCCGGGUGACGUGUCUGGCCAUUGUUUUAGUCGUCCUGAUGAGGUGUCUGGCCACUGAGUAUGUUUAA